CCUACCUUUGGCGGGAGGUUGCUUCCGGGUUGCGUGUCCGGAAGCAGAAAGUUGUCAGUCUAGCCUCCUUGCCCGGUGGCUGCCGUCCCCGAGGCGGGAGGAGCCCGAAGGGGCACGGGCCCCCGCAUGGAUUUUGUAUUGGAAGACAUGGAUCUUGCUGCCCAUGAGCUCAGCAUUUAUGACAAACUUUCAGAAACUGUUGAUUUGGUGAGACAGACAGGCCAUCAGUGUGGCAUGUCAGAGAAGGCAAUUGAAAAAUUUAUCAGACAGCUGCUGGAAAAGAAUGAACCUCAGAGGGGACCACCUCAAUAUCCUCUCCUUAUAGCUGCAUAUAAGGUCCUUGUAACCCUGGGAUUAAUCUUGCUCACUGCCUACUUUCAACCUUUCAGCCCACUACCACCUGAACCCGUGCUUUCUGGGGCUCACACCUGGCGCUCACUCAUCUAUCACAUCCGGCUGAUGUCCUUGCCUAUUACCAAGAAGUAUAUACCAGAAAAUAAGGGAGCUUCUCUGCAUAGGGGUGAUGAAGACAGACCCUUUCCAGAUUUUGACCCCUGGUGGACAAACAACUGUGAGCAAAAUGAAUCAGACAUCAUCCCUGCCAACUGCACUGGCUGUGCCCAGAACUUGCCCCUCAAGGUAAUGCUCCUGGAAGAUACCCCUGAGAAAUUUGAGCUACUUCAUCCUCUGGUGAUCAAGACGGGCCAGCCUCUGUCCUCCGAAGAGCUCCAGCAUUUUUUGUGCCGUUACCCUGAGGUGGCAGAAGGCUUCACCGAAGGGCUUUUCACCAAGUGGUGGCGCUGCUUUCCUCAACGGUGGUUCCCUUUCCCUUACCCAUGGAGAAGACCUCCAAACAGAUCAGAAAUUUUACAUGAGCUUUUUCCUGUUUUUGCCUACCUGCCAUUUCCAAAAGAUGCCUCUUUGAAAAAGUGCUUCCUUCUUCACCCACAGCCUGUUUUGGGGAGUAAGAUGAACAGAAUGCAUGACCUGUUUACCAUUGGCAGGGGUGAGGCCAUGUUGCAGCUCAUUCCUCCUUUCCAGUGCCGAAGACACUGCCAGUCUGUGUCGAUGCAGCUAGAACCAGGGGACAUCGGCUAUGCCGAUGCCACCCACUGGAAGGUCUCCAUUAUAGCCAGAGGGAUCCAGCCUUUGGUCAUCUGCGAUGGAACCAUCCUCUUAGAACUGUAGGAAACAAGAACGAUAGCUCAAACAGCUUUAAGAGCUGAAGAUUAGGUUGAAAGGGGGGAAAUAAAAACAAAAUGAUGAAACUGCUUUCCAGGGGUUGGUUACUUAGUUACCUGCCCUUUGCAUGUGUGCCUGCACCAGCUCUGUGCUGGGGGCAUUGGGCAGGGCCCAGCCUCCCGGUGCCUCCUGGACGUGGCUUAGGCAGGUUUCUGCACAGCCUACUUGGCCAGGGCUUUGCCAACUUCUCUUCUGUGAGAGACUGGGCUUUUCCAGGUCUUUUGACACCCAGGCUUUGAGGCUGAUGCUUUCCCUCACUGGCAUGGGCACGAUCCCCUCUGUAGGUCCCUGGCUGCAGAGAUGGCAGCCAGCAGGUCCUGACUUCAGAGCCAUCCUUUACCAAGCAAUUCUAAUUGUCUUCUGUCCUCCUGGCCACAUCAUCCUGUUCUUUUUUGGAAAGCCAUGCCUGAUUAAAGAAAUCAUUGCAGUUUUCCAAGUAGAACAGAACCUAGAACCAUUGAAAAAAGAUUAAAUAACCUGAAUUGCACUUGGGAGGUGUACUUCUUUCUAGUGUCCAUGGCUCUUGGAGUCUCCAUGAUGCCAGGCUGGAAUCAGAUCAUAAUUUGAAAUGGUAGUUCCUAAGGUAAUCCUUUUCUCCAGUUUAUCAGAUUCUUAUCUCUUGCCCCGCCCACUUCUCCCUUGCCUAUCUGAUUGGUUUCUCAGAAGUUUGGCUCCUGAUCCCCCUUCCUCCCCAGGCCAGGCACUUUACUGCUGAGGCAGCACUUCUGUUGACUGGGUUGCAUUUUCCAAGUAUCUUCAGAGGGGAAUGAGUUAGAGUGGCUGAACUGGGGAGAGGGUACCUCCCUGGGUUUGAUCUUUAGGGUCUGAAUUUCUGCAGGGAAGAUGUUUUACAGAUGUGUCAAGCUGAUGUUGUAAUGUGGUUGAGGGAGGAACUCCAGAUCUGAAGAAUUUGCCAGCAGGAUGUACGACUAUGUGAUGCUCUGUCUUAAAAUGAUUUCUCUCUUUGUACUGGGAAGCAAGGUGAGGUCUUUUUAUUUUUUGUAACAAUAUAAAGCAAUGUUCUUUUGA